AACCUCCUCCUCCUCCUCCUCCUCCUCUCUCUCUCUCUCUCUGCGUUGCAGGUGCAAAGCUUUCAAAUACAGAGUUUGAAGAUCAUUUGUGAACUUUCUUGAGAAUUUGAUCCAAGGAUUUGAGUUGCUCUCUCUCCCCCUUCCAAUCAGGAGCUGUAAGCAUAAUUUUACUGCAAGAGCUAAAGUACUACAUUGCAGCAGUGGUCUUAUCAUGUCAGGUGGACCGGGGCUUGAAUCUCUUGUUGAUCAAACUAUAUCAGUAAUUACCAAUGAUGGACGAAAUAUAGUGGGAAUUUUGAAAGGAUUUGACCAGGCCACAAACUUAAUUCUUGAUGAAUCUCAUGAAAGGGUGUAUUCAACCAAGGAAGGUGUACAACAACUUGUCUUAGGCCUUUACAUCAUAAGAGGGGACAAUAUUAGCGUUGUCGGGGAAUUAGAUGAAGAGCUGGAUGCAAACUUGGAUUUGUCAAAACUGAGAGCUCAUCCUUUAAAACCAGUUGUCCACUGAUGUUCUACAGCACGCAUGAGCAUGGCAACGGAACAUUUCGGAGCUUGGGAUCAAAACUUGAGUUGCAAUAGAAAUGAGUUGGAUAUCAAUGUAGUAUGGUCUAAAUUCACUUGAAUGUUGUGCUACUGAAAUACUAUUGUAAACUAAACUCCCUUAGCCACUUUGGGAUGCUGAAUCUUGCUUUUGAUGGUCUAUAAAAUCUUCUCUUUUUUUCUCUCUUA